CUAAAGGAAAUUCCCAGAAGGCUAUGGCCGCGCAAAUCGAAAUUCACACCGAUUCGGGCAUGGUGCGGGCACGCGUGUCGUGUUUGCACCGGCUUGUCCCCCGGCUUUUGCGGCCUCGCGUAUUUCGCAACGUAUUUUAACGUUCUGUGCUCGAAAUCCUAGUACGCUGUAUAAAUACGCGUAUUAUGGAGAGAGGGUCGCGUACUAGGCAACCCUGCAUCACCAUGCACAUCCACAUCCAUGCACUGAGCCAGGACGGGCUGUGCCCUUGACUUACUUUGGGAAUGCUUGUUCCUCAUAUGAGUGCCGUUGCUCGACUCACUCUGGGAAAGCUUGUUCCCGGGCGACGUGGAAUUCCACGGGUAUAUGACCUGCACCUAACCGGGUUUAUGUUAGUUGCACUAAGCUACUUGGACUGCUGUUACACGCACAUCUUCGUGGAGGGGUUCCCCAAUGAGCUUUGUUCAUCAGCGGAUUGCCACCUUCACCUCGCUGCCUGUGGGCGCGCUCACCAGCUCCUCGCUGUCGGCCCAGGGCAUCGAGCUGUCUGCCGGCAGCAACCCCGUCAGCCCGGCCUGGGGCGAGGUGGUGGACUGCGCGGCGGGCUGGAGCUAUGGCGGCGGCAGCACCAUGACCGCCGCCGGCUGCACGCAGGCCCUGCGCUUCCCGUACGACGACUUCAGCGAGUCGUUCCGUCCUGCCUCGCCCCCCAUCAUGUUCUGGAGCCUCAGCCUCACGUACCGCACCACGCUGCCGUACGUGACCCUGUACCUGUACCCCACCAGCGGCCAGGGCAACGCCAACGCCUGCAAGGUGCGGCUGAACCGCACCGAGCCCAUCGCCAGCCCCAGGCCGCCGGCGUUCGUGUACUCCGCGUCCAACAGUGUGACCGUGACGGCGUCCGAGUGCGGCUGGGGCGCUGGGUCCACGUUCUUCAGCUUUUCAUUUUACGUGGGCGUGGAGGGUAGCUCAGCCGGCAUCGACGUUUUCGAGCUGCUGCUCGAGUCAUUUACGUUGGAGGCCGGAGCAGCGCCCUCGCCGUCGCCGCCCAGCCCCGCGCCGCCCAGCCCAGAGCCACCCAGCCCGGCGCCGCCCAGCCCGCAGCCGCUCGUGUUCGGCAGUUCGCGCACGAUCAACACAACCGCGCCAAACGUGGGAGUGGGCUUUUACCAGACUGGCGACACCAAUUACAACAACAAGUGCGAAAAGACGCUAGACCGCACGGAGCCCAUCGUCACGGAGCCCGCGCCGGCCUCCUUCACCUACACCGCACCGCCAAAGACGGUCACCGUGACACCCGCUGAUUGCGUCGGCGGCUGGCCCCCCGGAUCCACCUUUGACAACUUUUACAUCUUUACAACACUGUCGGAUGCUGGCGCCGUGCUGUGGAACUUGAUGAUCGAGUCGUUCACCAUAGAAACUGGCAUGGCUCCGUCACCCUCCCCGAUGCCGCCAACACCAGAGCCCAGAACCGUCCCGUGGCCGCCCAGCCCUGAGCCGCCUAUGCCCAGCCCUGCGCUUCCCAGCACGCGCAGGGUCAGCUUUGACUCGUUUCCGCUCGGGGACCUGACCAGCACAUCACUCCAGGCGAUAGGCAUUGGCCUUGGCGAUCCCACAUUCCCUACAACACCUGUAUGGGGGGAGGUGGUGGACUGCGUGGCGGGCUGGAGCUACGGCUUAGUCAGUAACACCGCCAUGACCGCCACCGGAUGCGUCAAGACAUUGCGCUUUCCGUAUGCACUAGACACGGGCCGCUUUGCGAUUGCGUCAUCGCCCGUCGACAGGUUCUACAGCCUCACGCUUACGUAUCGCACCACGAUGCCGUAUGCAGACCUGGUUCUACAACCGGUGGACUCGCAGUUCUCCCCGUGCACAAUAAAGUUGAAUCGUACGGAUCCCAUCGAUAGACGCCAGCCAGAUGUGUUUACCUAUGCCGCGUCCCCUGUCACGGUGACGGUGACUGCUUCUGAGUGUGGCUACGCAGCUGGGUCUGCGUUUUGGAACUUCCAGUUUUACAUAUCCUAUGGCGAUGACGAUAGUGACUUGAUUAACGUGUUUGAGCUGCUGAUCGAUUCCUUUGUCAUGGAAACGGAAGCGCCAGUCUUGGCUUCACCUCCCUCACCGGCACCCACCUCGCUCGCGCCGCCCUCGCCGUCGCCGCCCAGCCCCGAGCCGCCCAGCCCUCCGGCGCCACCCAGCCCGGCGCCGCCCAGUCCCGGGCCCCUAGUGUUCGGCAGCACCCGCGCCGUCGCCUUCACCGCGCUGCCACUGGGCGCGCUCACCAACAGCUCGCUGCAGGCCCAGGGCAUUACGAUGUACUCUGGCAGCAACGCUGCGUCGCCUCCGUGGGGUGAGGUGGUGGACUGCGCCGCGGGCUGGAGCUACGGCGGCAGUACGGCGAUGACCGCGAGCGGCUGCAGCAAGACCCUGCGCUUCCCGUACGACGACUACAGCGAGUACUUCCAGCCGCUGCUGUCCCCGCCCAUCAUGUUCUGGAGCCUCUCGCUCACAUACCGCACAACGCUGCCGUACGUGACGCUGUACCUCUCCCCCGCCGGCGGCGGCGGCGGCUCCUCAUGCAAGGUGCGGCUGAACCGCACGGACCCUGUCGCCAGCCCCGCGCCGGCUGCGUUCACCUACGCCGCCUCCAACACCCUGGCGGUGACUGCGGCGGAUUGCGGCUGGGUGGCGGGCUCGGCUUUCGCCAGCUUCUCCUUCUACGUCGGCGUGGAGGGCAGCUCAGCCGGCAUCGACGUGUUCGAGCUGCUAGUUGAUUCAUUUACCAUGGAAACGGGGAUGGCUCCCUCGCCCUCUCCUCCCUCGCCGGCGCCCCCGUCACCGGAGCCACAAAGCCCAGCACCGCCAAGUCCCCAGCCCCCCAGCCCGGCGCCCCCCAGCCCCGAGCCACCCAGCCCCGCGCCGCCCAGCCCGCCGGCACCACCAAGCCCCGAGCCCCCCAGCCCCGCGCCGUCACCCCCGUCACCGGAGCCUAUGGUUUUCGGCAGCACCCGCACCGUCAGCUUCGACACGUUCGAGCUUGGAUAUCUGACAGGGACUUCGCUUGAAGCGCAGGGCCUGGCCCUGUCCAACUACCCUAAUGACAUCGGGCACCGGAAACCAAAUACCUGGGGAAAGGUUGUGGACUGCGCCGCCGGCUUCUAUCAAACAGGCGACGUCGAGUACCACUACCUCUGCGAGAUAAAGCUCAAACCCACGGAGAUCAUUGCUGGACCCGCGCCGGCCAAAUUCACCUACACCGCCGGCCCCAACACUGUGACGCUGACGCCAGCUGAUUGCCGCUGGGCUGCCGGGUCCACAUUUGACAGCUUUUUCCUCUUCAUUGCUAUGGAGGGGGCUGAUGCCCCAGUGUUCGAGUUCCUAAUCGAUAGUCUGCAUGUCGAGGCCACGAACGCCACACCAUUGUGAGAUUAGGGGCGGGGAUCGCCACCAAGUGUCAAAUUAGAGAGCAUGUCGAUGGUCUGACGGGAAGCUUCUGUGCGUGUUUUGGACUUGCUGCAGAUUCGUUCACCAUAGAAACAG